AUGGGUCUCCUGUUUGACACCGACCCUCAGUCCGUCUGUCUCCAGAGCCCCGAGAUCCCAGGCUUCCAAAUUCAAGCCAGUCUCUUAGGUCGAGCCUUUGGCGUGCCAAACAAUGGCCAGCUAUGGAACCCCGAGGGCGGGUCCCAUUCUCGCAAAAAACCACAGUCAGCGUUAGCGGGUCGUGGAAACCGGGAACGGCGACAACUCCUCAGCGGAGGAACGGACGGCCUUCGCUUCCCGCCACUCACGCGCUGGCCACGCCCCUCGCGGGAAGCGUCUGGACACGUGCGGACAGCUCGCGCUCGCGCUGGCGCUGGCGGGGCUGCUGUCAGUGCGACUGCUCUUCGUUCCUCAGACGAGAGGCUGCUCCGGUGUUUCUCGGAGAGUUUGAAGAAAAUGGCUAAAGUAUUUUUGGCAUUUCUAACUGUUAUCAUACACUGCAUCACCAGUGCUGUUCUUUCUACUCCAGAUACAUCAAAAAUAUGCAAAACUGAAUGGUUUAACAUUGAUGACCCAUCAGGAGAGGGAGAUUAUGAAGUUUUUAACCAUCUGUAUAUUCAAUUUCCCAACCGCAUCUGCCUUUAUCCAAUCACCUGUGAGGUGGAGACAACAUCAGGGGUUCCAGCCUCACAGACUGGAGAGAACAUUGAACCGUGUAAUGUUGCUCGUGGAUUCUUCUGUAAGAACGACGAUCAAAGUGAUCAGAUGUGCCAAGACUACAGAAUACGAUUCACCUGCCCUCAAUCACAUUGUCCCACACCUGCAACAACUACAGGUGCAAGGUCCACUACAGCUCCCAGUACUGCUUCUACCACAACUCCAGGUGCUAGUUCUACUGCGACUCCUAGUCCCACACCUACAACAACUACAGGUGCAAGUUCCACUACAGCUCCCAGUACUGCGUCUACUACAACUCCAGGUGAGUAUAUCCUUCCUAUUCUAAAAGCGUACUGCUUCUACUACAACUCCAGGUACUGCUUCUACUACAACUCCAGGUGCUGGUUCUACUGCAACUCCUAG